AUGACACUAACUUGGUCUUCGACCCGCUCGCCGCCCCCCUCUCCCAAGGUGGAGCAACGGACCCGACCCAGGGAUCCCUGCCCAAUCCCGAGCAGCAACCCCGCAAGCCAGUAUACGCUACUGGAGAAGCUUGGGACAGGAAGUUUUGGUGUCGUGUACAAGGCCAUACACAACGAGACCAAGCAAAUUGUUGCAAUCAAGCAGAUAGAUCUUGAAGACUCGGACGACGACAUUUCUGAAAUACAGCAAGAAAUUGCCAGCCUUGCCCAAUGCGACUCUGAAUACGUGACCAAGUACUAUGGGUCCUUCGUGGUGCACUACAAACUCUGGAUCGUGAUGGAGUACCUCGCAGGUGGCUCGUGUCUUGACCUUCUUAAAGCCGGGCCGUUUUCUGAAGCACACAUCGCUGUCAUUUGCCGCGAGCUUCUUUUGGGACUCGACUACCUCCACGCUGAAGGAACCAUUCACCGGGACAUCAAGGCUGCGAAUGUGCUUCUCUCCUCGUCGGGCAAAGUCAAGCUGGCCGAUUUUGGCGUUGCAGCUCAGCUCACCAACACCCUACGACACACAUUUGUCGGCACCCCCUUCUGGAUGGCACCUGAAGUUAUUCGACAGGCCGGAUACGAUUCCAAAGCGGACAUGUGGAGCCUUGGAAUUACAGCGAUUGAGAUGGCUAAAGGCGAGCCUCCAUUAGCCGAGUAUCACCCGAUGCGGGUUCUUUUUCUCAUCCCAAAAGCGAAGCCACCGACUCUUGAAGGACCGUUCUCAGCGGCAUUCAAGGAUUUCGUGACCCUAUGCUUGACUAAAGACCCCAAACUCCGCCCAUCUGCCAACGAGCUGCUUCAACAUAGAUUCAUUCGUGGCGCAAAGAAGACAUCUUAUUUGACAGAGUUGAUCGAGCGGUACCAGGAAUGGCGCAUGCGGAGCCCUCACAAAGGCCAGAAUAAUGCUGCUACGAUCAGGAAUACCGCCACAUGGGAUAUGAAUGAUACCAUUCGGAGCGACUGGAAUUUCGACACUGUGAAGUCGAUGGGGGCCAUGGGUACUUUCAGGGGCUCGGUUAAGGACCUUGGGAUGCCUACGGGGAUGAUCCUUGAAGCCGACGAGAGCGACGAUGGAGAGACCUCGAUUGAUACAGGUGCAGCAACCAAGGGAAGCGAUCCGCUUCUCUCAAAUUCACAAGCCGCACAUUCGACUGUGAUGAUCAAGAACCCUCCGCCGCAUCUUGCGGAAUCAGACGACAUUGCAGACGAUGAUAUCCCAAACGGUGCCCCUCCUGCCUAUUCCGGUUCGGUUCGCAGUGCCAGACGCGCCUCUUACGCAGAGAGAUCCUCCACAGAUGGUCCAGGAACGGUUUUAAAUGAGGCAGAUCUUGGUACUGGAGUGGAUACUAUCCGACCCGUCAAGAAAGUCGAUGCAGCUGGCUCUCUGCGCCUGUCCACUGGUUAUCUCGGUAGCAUACGCAAGGAGGGUAGCGGCUCAUCCUACUCGACUCACAAACGGUCGGCAAGUGAAGGUGCCAGGGCCGGUAGGGCAAUGGUAGACGAGGUUGUAUUGCCUGUCCUACAAAGAGCUAUUCGGGAUGACAUGGACGCACGCGAAAUCGAGUCUCUCAGCAUGCUUCAGCGAGGCUUCGAAGAACUCAAGGAAGCCAACUCGGAACUGGCGUACAACGUCAUUCUGGACAUCCUCCAGGGCAUCAAUGAUAACAACGCCAUUAAACGACAUGUCCAGACAUCCCGCGGGCUGUUCCCACACAAACGCAUUACUCGCAAGAGUGAGAUGACGUCCAAGGGUCUCGUCGUCACAGAAGAGACGGAGGAGGUAUCCGGACUUCCGGAGUCGUCGAACGGUGUUCCUCCUGCGCAGGCUGAAGCUGAAACCCCGCGACGGUCCCCCAUAGCUGAACUCCUCUACAUGCGCUGGCUGGAAGGACUGAGAUUGAAGUGGCCUAGUAUCAUGACCGGCAGCUAG